AUGGUGCGCAUGACACCACUGGACUUUCGCGUGACAGCAGCAGCUCAAUUUCGUCUACUUGCGAUGGCUUGUUCAAUAUCAAUGGUGUCCAUAGAUAACCUCAAUAAAAUAUAUGGCAAAGAAUAUCUUGUGAAUGCUAAGGCUUUGUCGCCGGUAUCUCUUCAAGAUCAAGCCAAUGCUCUCAUUGAAAAAUUUAAUGCUGCAAUGAAAACAAAAGUAACACCUAUUCGUGGUUAUCAAUUCCUCCGAUUCAUCAUCUCUCAAGAUUACACUGACUCUUCUCUUCACACGAAUACAUUACUAACAAGCGUACCGGGCUCAGACAUAUUUAAAUCCAUCAUUAAUUUUUAUCCAAAACGCGACAAUGUUACCUACAGUAGCGUAAGUCUCUCGAAGAAGUAAAUUGAUAAAUUGCGAAGUGUUGCACGAUAUAUUUAUGAUUUAAAGUCCUAUGAUAAAUUGAAGUCUAUAUUAAUUUAUUUUGAUUUCGUACAACUAACAGAACGUAGGUAUCUCUCUUGCAAACAGUCAUCAGUCAUAGACUAACUGGCAUUUGAUCAAGCUAUGAUUUCAACACUGUUGUCAGUUUUAUUAAUGUAUUAGUUAGCCUGUUCAGUAUCUUUUACCGUAAUACUCAAAUCCGCAGAUUUUCUUUCUUCCAUAGAGCCUAAACAAUGAUUAAGGAGAAUUCAACUGCCUUGUAUUCACAAAGUAUUAUCUUUUAUCUAUUAUAUGGCAGCUUAAAGUACGUAUAUCAUCGUCUCCUCUAAACAUGUUGUUGACGAAGAAAAAAUUAAAAUAUAUUUAUUAUUAGUCUUUAUUUAUCAUCUAGUAAUUUACCUCUAAAUUUGGCGACUGUUUUGAAGCAUUUUUCGUUGUUUGAAUGGUUUAUUGACAUUAAUUUUUUUAUUUAUUUAAUAUUGCUCUUCAUAGAUAAUCAUUCAUUCGCUUAAUAUAAAAUCCAUAAUCGUACACAUAGUUUCAGAAGAGAUCAAUACUAAAUCGAAUACAAAAAUGAUUUUGCCAGUGCAAGUGAUUAACUAAUUAUUCAGCCUCUGAUCAUCUGAGAGAAAAAUAAUAUAUAUAUUCUGAUAAGAUUCGAUUGCGCAACAUCGUAUUCUGUAAAUUUCAAGAUUUGGAUUGUUUUUUAAAAGAUUUAUCAUUCACUUUGCUGCAAGACAUGUAUCAGAAAUUUUGGAUGUUGCACAAAUGAAAACAGAAUAUUAUCAAAAGAUGCUAGCUUCUAAAGACCGAACAACUGUUUUCAAUAUUGUCAUCAGUUAGUAACAAUCAACAAAAGUAAUAUACAAAUUUUAAAGUUCCAAAUAUACAUUAUCAAUCAAUCACCAAUAGAAAAUAGUCAUCAGAAUUCUAGUAGCAUAUGGUGAUUAUCGUUUCGUUAAGAGAGUUUUAAGAAUGCUACUGUAUUAGUCUUCUAGUUUCAAAGCAACUAAAACAAUAAUCACAAACAAUCAGAAACAGUAUCAUUUUGGUUCUGAACUAUUUUAUUUCAAUGGAAAAUGACCACAGCAUGAUACUCAUAAGUACAAACUAAUAUAAAACGUUUUGAAUUCCAGGAAACCCAUGAAAAUACUAGUUUUUAUCAAUGUUAAAUAGGAUUCUAGGACAUUUGACUAAAACAGAUUUUAAAUAUCUACUAAAAAUAUAGUGCAAUACAAAUUUCUUUCUUAAGAUUUAACUUUCACUGGGCAAUAGUUAAUGUUGUGAAAAGAACUCAUGAAAUAAAAAAAUUUUUGCUUCAAAACUCGGAUAUAUCAUUUCAACAUGUCAGCCACUGUCUAUGAGAGUAACUCAAAAGGAAUCAACUUUCAUUGCUAUUUACUUCAACAUUCAUUAACAACUAUAUUUGAUGAAACUAAUCUAAAAAUUUAAUUCAGAUAAAAUAUUGAAAUCCGAUACUUUCCUACAUGAUUAUUGUACUUAUUACAAUUUUCUGUUGAAAUGUUUUCUCAAAAACAUAUGAAACAAAUCUCAUAAACAAUGAAAUAGCGAAUUUUGUAGAAGAAAAAUUAAUUCUAGUGAUUAAGAUAAAUGAAGAAAUAUUGAGAGACUCAUACUUUGUGCUUGAAAAGUCUUGAUAAAAAUCUACUUCAAAUUCUAACAUCAUUCCCUCUAGUUUUGAAAAGCUAAUUAGCUUAAAUGAAGUAUGAGAUAUAAUCUGAUGUAUUUAUUUCAUGAAUGAUCAUUAUGAUUUGCAUAAAUUUAAGCAUAAACUUAGUAUUAAAAACGAACAUAUACUACAUUUUAAAACUCAUUGCAGCUACAUUGUAAAGGAUGACAAUGAAUUACAUUUUUAUAUCUAGGACUAUCAAGACGACUUCAAUUUGUGCAGCAGUUUUAGUAUAGUAAACUAUAAAGCAGGCAUUUAUGAAUGGGCUCUGGAGCCACGACCGCUCAUGCAACUAACGUCUCCAGAACCACCACCUGUUUUUGUCGUUCCUGGGAUGCAUGUUGGGUGUUUUCCAAAUGAUGCCACCAUUAGUGAUACCCUCGAAUGUUUUUAUGAUCCUGUAUGCUUUAAUAUCACAGCAAAAUGGAUCUCUACUCUUCCUGCUACCUCUUGGCCAAAGCCAUUAGAUAGCUCAACUAAAUCGCGUUUCUUUCGAACCACCACCAUUGGUUUACUUUUGGAACAGUUAAUGGUUGAAGAGUGGAGGAAUGUAACAAAUUUUUCUGGCUACUAUACGGCUUGUUCACCGAAUUCAUGUACUUACACGGUGACAAAACACAAUGGUAUUCUCUACAUACUAACGAAACUCAUCGGGUCAUUAGGUGGUCUCAUGGUAGUUCUGAGCUUCAUUGCUCCACAGCUUGUGAAAGUGCAUCAUCAGCUUGUUCAUUUCAUUUCAAAAACAAAGAACUCAGACGCAAAUUCAAAAGUACAACAGCUAAGUAAGCUCUCAAAAAGUGUUUAACAGCUAUGAAAAUGCACUGUACUUAAUCAAAUAGAUGACUGAGCUCGAAUUCAACCACAUAAGAUAAGUUACUAAUAUCUGAGAAAUCCAAAUUAUCAGCUCAUUCUAUACUAAUAAAAUAUCAUUAAAAUCUGUGUGAACAUUCUAAACUAUCAUAGAGUCUAUCUUACUCUCGCAAUGAUUACGUACAAUGAAUAAUGAUAAAAUUUUCGUUCAAUCGUAACUGUAUAAUUAGGCAUGUACCGAGCCCGAGUAGCUCGGGCUCGGUCAGGCUCGGGCUCGGCCAGGCUCGGGCUCGGGCUCGGUCGGGCUCGGGCUCGGUCAGGCUCGGGCUCGGUUAGAUUCGGUUGAGCUCAGUAAGGCUCGGUCAGACUUGGGUUCAGCUUUUCUUCCUCCCCUCAAUGAAG